GUUAUUCAUAAAAAUUUAGUUAAAUUAACCGUCAUUUUGUGGGUCAAAUUUGGUCAACAAAAGCCAUAUGCCGUGUAUGGACAUUGCAUUAUUUGCUUGUGAUAUUGCAAGACUACUCUGAUUGCAAAACUGUCUGGUACUCUUAAUUGUUCAUAUUUAUGAAUAUGAAUAUAUAUCUCUUUCAGUCCAAGCACGUAAAAUAUUCCAGUAUAAUUUAUUUACACAAAUUAUCACAGGAAAAAAGAAAACUAAUACAUGACAAUAAUUUUAUUUCUUAUUCAAAAAGUUUAGUCUGUCGGCAUGGGUCCAAUACUAGAUUUGAAAAAGGUUAAACGUAAGAGAGGAGGAACAGAUAUUGAAAAUGAUUCCGAACCUUUGCAAAUGGAUGUUCUGCACAUGUCGCUAGACGACAUUAUAGCGGCUCGUAAACAAAAUAAAACUGGUGGUUUGAUUGGUCGGGAUGUCCGCGGCGGUCCGGGUAAAAGAUUGGCUCGCUUAAGCAGACACCAGUGGCGUUUAAGACAAGUAGUAAGGCGUGUUAAUUCGUAUAUGGCUAUUCCAACUCGUAUUGGUAUCACCAAUCUGUCAUACCUAGUGAAUGAAAGUGAUCUUAAGUCUCUAUUUAGCGAGAUAGGUCCCAUCGACUAUGUUACUGUGUACUACAAUUGUUAUGGUUCAUCUCUAGGUAUGGCAGAAUUAAUUUACAAGAGCAGACGGGAUGCUAAUGCUGCGAUCAAGCGUUUUAAUAAUGUGAAGUUGGAUAACCGUAAAAUACACAUUCACCUAUUACCAGAUAAGCGCCAUACCUGUUCGGCGUGUUUUUACAGCAGGCAAAGAAAUAAACGCAUACAGAAUGUGAACGCGAAUGUACGCAGGCGAUUUAUGAAUGCGAAUGUACGCAGGUGCAAUAAGAAUGCGAAUAUUCGCAAGCAGAAUGGAAACUCAAAGGCUAAUAGUACUGAAUCUAAUCAACUACGUAAAGAACUUGAUAAUGAAUUGGAUGAAUACGCAAAAAGAUUUUCAAAAAUAUCUAUUUUAUAAUUACAUGAUUUGGAAUUCUUAUUACUUCUUAUUAUAAAGUCCGUAUUCAGUAUUCCAUAAAGACUUCAGUUAAA